UUUAAACCACAUAUUCCUAUAUAGAAUAAAGAUAAACUAUUUAAAGAUUUUCAAAGAAACUUUUGCUAAUAUAAUGUAUUAUACCCAGCGGUCAAGUCCCUGCUUCCAUCUGGUUUGACUGUUUUCUACUACAAUACAUCUGAUGCAACAUGGCAAGUACACAUGUAAGUCGAUGUCUCAUUAGGACGAUCACGAGAUGUCUCCGGGACAGCCGUCGCCAACCAAAUGUGAUGACAGUAAGACCUUUAGGACACUUUUCUAACUCCUAUUCAGGUAAGCAGGAACAUGUAGAAGUAACGUUACGACCUGUAGUUUCACACCGGAGUUCAGAAGGCAACAGUCGCACCGCUCGCCUGGCAGUCGCUUUUGGAUUUGGACUCGGAGGAGCUGCAGCCUUGUAUUCAUUAAGAAACGAGAACAAUAAAGAUGCCCUACAGAGCACAGUCUCGGUCAGAAAUAUGCUUAUUGACAGCAUAUUACCUACUGUCCAAUGUGCCUCUCCAUUUAAACCUGACAGUCCGCGCUACAAGUACAAUUUCAUCGCGGAUGUGGUUGAGAAGUCCACUCCUGCUGUAGUCUACAUCGAGAUCGUUGGGCGACACCCCUUUUCUGGUCGUGAGGUGCCCAUCUCGAAUGGCUCCGGCUUCAUCAUAAGUAGUGAUGGCCUGAUAGUGACCAAUGCCCAUGUGGUUGCCAACAAGCGUGGCGUCCGUGUCAAACUGACCAAUGGAGAGACUUACAAUGCCACAGUCCAGGAUGUAGACCAGGCUGCAGACAUCGCCACCAUCAAAAUCAACGCUAAGCAUCCCCUCCCCACGCUGCGUCUUGGUCAGUCGACUGAUGUGCGUCAGGGUGAGUUUGUGGUUGCCAUGGGGAGCCCCUUUUCUCUUAAAAACACAAUCACAUCUGGAAUCGUCAGCUCUGCCCAGAGAGGUGGUAAAGAACUCGGCCUGUCCAACUCCAACAUAGACUACAUCCAGACUGAUGCUACCAUAGAUUUUGGAAAUUCAGGAGGUCCCCUUAUAAACCUGGAUGGGGAGGUCAUCGGAAUUAAUACCAUGAAAGUGACUGCAGGGAUUUCCUUUGCUAUUCCCUCAGACAGAGUCCGCCUCUUCCUUGAGCGUGCUGCAGACAAGCAGAAGUCCUGGUUUGGAGAAUCGGGAUCAAAACGGCGUUACAUUGGAGUGAUGAUGUUGACUUUGACCCCCAGUAUAAUCGAAGAGUUGAAGAUGCGUGACGUGUCCUUUCCUGAUGUUUCUCAUGGAGUUCUUAUCCACCGUGUUAUUAUAGGAUCUCCGGCCAGUAGAGCCGGAAUGAAACCAGGGGAUGUUAUUGUUGAGGUAAACGGGGUAAAGGUGAACACGUCAGAGGAGAUCUAUAACGCUGUGAGGACAAGUGACAGCUUAAACGCGGUGGUCCGCCGGCGUGAAGACCUACUUAUGCUGAACAUGACCCCAGAGUCCACAGAGUGACAUUAUGUGAAGAUUAUGCAUUUAAAAAAGAGAGUAAGAAAUAUUGCUAUUGCUGAGGAUAGAUGGUGAGAAAUGAGAAGUAAGAGAUAAUUUGAGAAUCCAUGUGAGAAAAAAUUAUUAUUGUAAAUGAUUUAAGAAGGUAAUGACUAGACUGAACAGUCUAGUUUGUUUAGCAAAGCUGUACAUUCAUGUAGUUGAAAUCUUUUAAUUGUGCAGGUUUCUGGACGUAUGUGAAUUCGUGUGGAUGACUGAAAACCGCACUGGAUUAAUCUCGGUAUCCCCGGAAGCUACACUGUAUCAGUAUCGUUUUUAAAGGAAAACCACUAAUUAUUCGUUUUUGGGAUUGUCAAAAGAAUCAAUGAACAUUUGACCUCCCUAAUAAAAGUGGGUGCUAUUACGACA